UUUGCCCGGUAUAUAGGCCAGCUGAAGGCUCUGCCUCUCUGUGAGUCAUCGUGACACAGAACCUGAGGAGAGCUUCGCAGACCUGCAAGCUGCUGCAGAAGAGCCCAGCCAGAAUGAAAAUCGCAAAGCUUGACAUCACUAUGAAAACCUUACAAGUUCCAGGCCUUCAUCGUAGAUUGAGUUCACUGAAAGCAUGCGGGUGAUAAGCCUUGUAGCUCUGUGCCUGCUGGCUGCAGCCACCUCUGGCGAGGACGCCAAGCUGAGCACCCAUGCCACCGCCCUGGCAGACCACAGUGCCAGCCUGGCCUUCAGCCUCUACCACAACAUGGCCAAGGAGAAGGACCUGGAGAACAUCCUCAUCUCACCUGUGGUGGUGGCCUCAUCGCUGGGCCUCGUGGCGCUGGGCGGGAAGUCCUCUACUGCCUCACAGGUGAAGGCUGUCAUUGGCGCCAACAAGGUGAAAGACGAGCACCUGCACACUGGCCUGUCUGAGCUCCUGACUGAGGUCAGCAACUCCACCGCCCGCAACGUCACCUGGAAGAUCAGCAACCGCCUGUAUGGACCCAGCUCUGUCAACUUUGCUGACGACUUCGUGAAGAACAGCAAGAAGCACUACAACUACGAGCACUCCAAGAUCAACUUCCGCGACAAGCGCAGCGCCGUCAACUCCAUCAAUGAGUGGGCGGCCAAGUCCACUGACGGCAAGCUGCCUGAGGUCACCAAGGAUGUGGAGAAGACCGAUGGGGCCAUGAUCGUCAACGCUAUGUUCUUCAAACCGCACUGGGAUGAGAAGUUUCAUCACAGUAUGGUGGACAACCGUGUCUUCCUGGUGACCCGUUCUUUCACCAUCUCUGUGCCCAUGAUGCACCGCACAGGACUGUACGGGUUCCACGAGGACACUGAGAACAGGCUGUUCGUGCUGAACAUGCCUCUGGCUCAUAAGAUGUCCAGCAUGGUGUUAAUCAUGCCAUACCAUGUGGAGUCCCUGGACCGGCUGGAGAAGCUGCUGACCCGCAAACAGCUGGACACCUGGCUGAGCAAGAUGGAGGAGAGGGCGGUGGCCGUGUCCCUGCCCAAGGUCAGCAUGGAGGUCAGCCACAACCUGCAGAAACACCUCACAGAGCUUGGCCUGACGGAAGCUGUAGACAAGUCAAAGGCCGACCUCUCCAACAUCUCAGGUAAAAAGGAUCUGUACCUGUCGAACGUGUUCCACGCCUCGGCCUUGGAGUGGGACACCGAGGGGAACCCAUUUGACACCAGCAUCUUCGGCACAGAGAAGCUGAGGAACCCAAAGCUCUUCUACGCUGACCAUCCCUUCAUCUUCCUCGUCAAAGACAACAAGACCAACUCCAUCCUCUUCAUCGGCAGGCUAGUCCGGCCUAAAGGCGAUAAAAUGCGAGAUGAGUUAUAGUCCUCAGGGGUUAGUCUGUGAUUAUUCUUUUAGUUUGUGUGUGCAACUGAAGUGUGACCGAGAAAGUGAAAAAAGUGUGACAUAGUUUGACUGUUACCUCAUGUGCACAUUCCAGUAUACAGGCUGUGGACUGAUGUCUGGGUCUUAUCAAUUCUGAAGCAUAUUUCAGGAGCCUGAUGUGUCUGAACCUAAGUAAAUAUUGUCAUAUGUGGUUCUGUUUCAGAAAAAUUUUGAUACCAAGGUCUGAAUUCUGAAUUCCAAAGGAAAAAAAUCAUGAAUUACUUAAAGGUAGUGAUAUUUUUACCACCACGUGCCUUAUUUUUAAUGUUACAUGGCAGAUGACAUGACUGACAACAUGCUUAUAUUAAGUAUGAUCUCUCAGAUAUUUGCCUAAUUGUGAAGUCAUCAUUUCCCUCAGGGGUUUAAGUAUUCAUUGGUAUGGCUAAUUGUUUUAAAAAUGUUUUGUUUCUUUCACUGCGACUUCUCCAGCAUCAGCUUUGUGAAAUAUGUGGGCUUUCCAUGGUUACCUUUAAUGUUUAAAGUCAAAGGAUUUUUGCACAAGUGUCUUGCAAGCUUACCUGGUGCUAUUUUUCCACCACUGGCAAAAUACAUUCCUUCCUCGUUCACGACUGCACUGAAAGCGCUCUCCUGCACUAGCCAACCUUCACACUAGAGGCAAUGUCUGAGUCGGGUGUAUGAAUGAAUGUAAUACACUCCACAUCUUCAUGCUGUGUCAGGUCAUGUUACUGAGGGUUUUUUUUGCCACAAAAUCCCUGUUGGAAUGAUGCAACAG